AUGCUUUCGGUGUCCAUGUUUUCGGUGUUCCUAUCUGAUGCUUUCGGCGGUGUGUCACCACCAUUUCAAGAGAAGAAGAAAUAUAGAGAAGAGGAAGGGCGUGUCAUUUACGCAGGGGUCAUAAAAUAUCUCAAUUCGGUGUUGCAGUGUUUGACGUAUACUGAGCCUCUAGCUGCCUACUUGCAAACUGGCAGGCAUCAGAAUUCUUGUCAUAUAAAAAAUGGGUUCUGUGCUUUGGGUGCCAUCCAAGAACAUGUCAGUCUUGCUCUACAGUCCACUAAGAGCAUUUUGCCAAAGGCUCUUGUCUGCAAUCUACAACGCAUAUCGAGAAACUUCUGGAAGUCUAGACAUGAGGAUGCACAUGAAUACAUGGUAAACUUGCUGGAAUCCAUGCAUAAAUGUUGUUUACCAUCUGGAGUGCCAAGUGAAUCCCCUAGUGCCUAUGAGAAGAGUUUGGUACACAAGAUCUUUGGUGGUCGCCUUCGAAGUCGGGUCAAAUGUUUGCAGUGCUCGUAUUGCUAUGACAAAUUAGAUCCAUUCCUAGAUUUAAGUCUUGAAAUAGCCAAGGCAAAUUCGUUGAAUAAAGCACUUGUGAACUUUACUGCCGAAGAAUAAUUGGAUGGUGGGGAAAGGCAAUAUCAGUGCCAAAAAUGCAGUCAGAAAGUUCGAGCUAUGAAACAGAUGACCAUUCACAAGCCCCCUAGUGUUCUCAACAUCCAUUUAAAGCGGUUUCAUGCACAUGACCCUGGACAAAAAUUAAGAAAGAAGUUCAAAUUUGGUCCUACAUUGGACUUGAGACCUUUUGUUAGUGGAGCAUAUCCGGAAGGAGACUUGAAAUAUACUCUUUAUGGGGUUCUAGUUCAUUAUGGGGCUAGCACAUAUUCAUGCCAUUAUUAUUACUUUGUUCGGACAUCAACUAGCAUAUGGCACUCUCUGGAUGACAACGAUGUAAAGCAAGUUCGUGAGAUGACUGUUUUGCGGCAGAAGGCUUACAUGUUGUUCUAUCUACGUGAUAGAAGAAAUGUUAUUCCAAGAAAGCCUGUUGAUGUUACUCAAAAGGAGUAUUUCAAACCAAAUGGUAUUGGGAGUAAGAUUACUCCUGCUGACAACCAUUUGUCGAAAGAACCUAUUCGAAACAUUUCAGCUUCAGCCAGAUCAAGUGAUCUAGCCUCUUCUAUUACACACAAAAAUGCAUCAUCUAUUGCCCCAAGGGUCUCCCAAUGA